AGACUCAGCAGCAAAAUGCAGCGGCUGCAUCUUCUCUGCCUCAGUGUCCUGGUGCUGGGACAUAUCCUGGAUGUGCACUGCGGGAACAACGUCCUUGACUGCUGCCUGCGGACCAGUGAGAAGCCCAUCCCACGGAGAAUAGUGCAGGAUUAUCAGCUCCAGCUGCUGAAGGAUGGCUGUGACAUCCUGGCUGUCGUGUUCAUUACCACAAGGGGCAAGCGCCUCUGUGCCCCUGUCGAAGUGCCAUGGGUGGUUCGCCUCCAAGAAAAGCUGGAUGCCAACCCUGCCAGGAAGGCCAAACAGCAGAGCCAGUAG